AUAUGAAAUAAUCUUUUGAGUUGCAAUCCGCUCAUUUCUUCGUUCUUUUUUUCUGUUUUAUCUUUGAGAAAAUGCUUCGAUCGAAGGUUAAGCACCCAGAUAGAUAAUUGAGGAAUGAGUGUUGGGAUCAGCCAGGUGAAUUUCGAUGCUCAGGUGCUGGAAGACGAAGAAGAAGCAGCAUUGGAGAAGGAAGAUCAAGAAAGAGAGCAAGAGAUUCGAGAGUUGCUAGACCGUGAACUGGACGAUGGACUUCUUGAUGAUGACAAUGCUUCUUUUUCAUCACACGAUCCUCGAAGCUCAGGGUAUAGCAGAGAGACUCCAUUCUCUGAUGAGAUUUCUGAACAAGUACCUCCAGCUAUCUUUAAUAGACAAGAUUCCAAAAGGAUAAUACCAUCUGAGAAUGGGGCAUUUGAAAGACCCUCGCUAAUGACGCAGCGUGCAUUUCAGCUCGUCAGUGAAUCAGGAAAAAGCAAAGUGUUAAAUCCAAAUGAGGCACAAGAACCUUAUGAUUAUCACCCUGGACAUCAAUAUGAGAAUCAGUAUGAAACUCAAGCAUAUUAUCACAGAGAGCAGGAGAGUCCUGAUGAUGAAGGCCAUGAUCGGUACAAUCAAAAUUAUAAUGGAUAUGAAAAUGGUGUGAAUUAUUAUCAAACUUUGCCAAAUGAUGUUGAUGUUGAUCAAGGUUUUGAACAGUAUGGGAGCUAUAGUCCUCAUCAAAAUAUACAAGGAAAAGCCUCUCCACAGAAUGAUGCCAGUUACUCAAACUUAUCUGAAGACAGCAGCAAUCAUGGUGGUUACAACUUGGAUGAAGAUUAUGGAGGUUACAUUGACAAAGGAACAUAUUCACAAGCUCCAGUACAAACUCUUUAUACCCAAGAUGCAGACAAUACACAGUAUUCAAAUGAACAAAAUUUUUACAGAAUAGACACCCCUGGAAAUUAUAGAGUUCAUUAUCAUGGACACCAUGAAAGAUUUCCCCACGCAAACAACAGGGUCACCAAAAGAGAAGAACAAGGAAGAAAUGACAGUGAAAAUGGCUUUUCAGGAGAUGGUACCCAGGACACAACACAACUUCAGAUACUAUACAAAGCACGAGGCAGAAAAAUUGAAGAACUGACACAGAAGCUCCAAAACCAGGAGGAGGAGAUGGCAAAAGAGAUCCGUAUUUUAAAACACCAGAUUGCACUGAUGAAAGAUGAGCGUGAUGGCAUUGCAACAAGUCUUGAAAACUCACAGCAAAUGGUGCAAACAUGUAAUACAGAAUUGAACAACUUGAAAGGCCAACUUGCUGCCGCUUAUCAACAGAUUAAUGCUUUGAAAGAAAGUAAAGAAGAGGUGGUCAGCAAACUUCAUGUCAGUGAAACCACAAUUGACAGCUUGAACCAGCAGUUGGUUGAACUGAGUCGUUCAGAAUCCUUGACCAGGGCAAAAGAACAGCAUGAAAGUGUUACAAAUGCCAUGAAGAAAAAACAUGAGGAGCAAACCCUGACACUAAAGCAGAAACUGGAUGAAGCUAUUUUAUCAAGGGACUGCAAGAAUGAAGAAGUUAAUCAGUUGCGGGAUGAACUUGUGCAGAAAGCAGAAAUGAUCAAUUCAUUAACAAGAAGUCUUGAUUCCAGUCAAAAGCAGUGUCAAGAAAUCCUUAAGUCAGGGACAAUGUCAGAAAUUAACCAAUUACGCAUGGCUCUUCAAGAGACUUCCACUGCAAGGAAUGUUGCUGAAGGCCAGUGCAUUUCCCUCAAGCAUGAGCUGUCAGAACUUCAAGGGCAGAUCAAGAUGUAUGGAAGUGCAAGUAGGCUCGGUGUAGGAUUAGGGCCUGGAGGCCAUAAUGAGUCUUUGCCACAUCUGACUGCGAGAAACUUGAACAAAGAGAACUGGAGCACUCCAAAGUCUCACAAAAUUCCAUUGGAAGAAACAGUGAGUGAGCUGAGGAAAGAACUUGAGCACUGCUUGAUUAGUUACAAGGCCAAACAGGAACAGGUGCAUCAACUAGAGACAAACCUUGUCACCUUAAAAGAUCAGCUAAAAGAUCAGGAAAUGAAAGCUCAACGCAUGGAACAGAUUGCACAGGAACAUGAGAAUAAAUCGUUACAACUGGAGAAGAAAAUAAAAGAAAUGGAGGAUAACAAGAAAGAUCCAGAUGAGGAACACCAAAGAGUGCUUAAGGAUUUAGAAAUAACAACGAAAAACCUUCAGGAAUCCACUGCAAACCUUAAAGAGGCUCUUCAGGAGAGAGAUGAUUUGACAGAUGCGUGUGCUGAACUUAAGCAACAAAUGGCUGAGAUGGUUGCAGAAUUUGAUGAAGACAAAAGGAACAGCAUAGAAAAAUGCAGAGAAGCUUGCCUACAGCUUCAUGAGGAUGCUAAAAACUUGCUCAGAGAUCAGUUGACCCAAGAAUAUGAACAGAAAUUCCACGAGUUGAAGAAAGAGUUGGAAGAAAAUAGUGAAGAGUUGAUCAGGAUAAAGGAAUGUUAUGUACAGCUAGGCGAGGAGAGCCGCGGUUUGGAACAGAAAAUGAAGGAAGAAUUUGAGAAGGAAAAACAAUUGCUAUUGUCCGGGAGUGAAGCCAAGUUAGUCGAUGAAUUGCGGGCUUCUCUUGAAACGCAACACGCCCAGCAUCUGGAAGAGGCCCAAGAUCGGUGGAGGAGAGAAGAGAUGAAGCGAAUCAAUGAUGAAGUUAUGAAGCAAAGGGAACUGCUUCUAAAGGAUAUGGGGGAAGAAAAGUUUAAAGCAGUUGAGGAAGCUGUGUCAAAAGCUCGUAUGGAAUGGAGCAGUGAGCAAUCGUCUUACUUUGCUGAUCAGAUAGCUGCUGCUAAGAGAGAAUGGAUCAAGGAUCAUAACGAUGAAUUAGAGAAACGUUUAGCUAAUGCUAUCGAAGAAGUGAGACGAAUAUGGGACGAAGAACAAAAGCUGAAAACAAAGGAGGAGAUAGUUAAAGUACGCACAGAGUUGGAGAAAGCACACGGAGCAUCCCGUGACCAACAGCUCAACCAGGCAGUAGAAUUGGCUUUGUCUCAAGCCCGCGCGGACUGGCUGAAGAACGAAGAGGAAAUGAGACAGCGAGAGAUUGAUCAAGCUGUUGAGGUGGCCAUAACUAACGCAGUGGCUGAAGCUAAGAAGGAAUGGCAAAAGGAGAUUGUGGCUCAAGACAGCCUAUUACAGACCUCUCUCACUCAGGAAAGGCUCCGAUGGAAGAAGGAAGACGAAGCGGUGAGAACUAAAGCGAUAGAAGCUGCUGUGGCUAUUGCUGAAGUGAAGUGGUUAGAGGAGGAACAAAAGAAAAUAUCUGAAGCAGUGGAACAAGCCAUGAAGACGGCGAGGGAAACGUGGCAAGAGGAGAAGAAACGGGACAUAGCCAUGGCGGUGGAUUUGGCUAAACAAGGGUGGAUGUCUAGGAAAGAAGAUGAAGUGAACCUGGUCUUAGAGUCAGCCAGCUCUCAACUCGUCGAACAGUUUGAACAGCAGAAGAAAGAGGCUGUGGAAAAAGCUCUUGGCGAGGCACUGUUGUUAUGGGAAAAGCGAUUGUCCGAGGAAAAAGCUUCAGAAAUUGCUUCCAUUAGGGAAGAAAUCUUCAGAGAAUUUGAAGAACAAAAGAAAGCUGAAAUUAUGGAAACCUUAGAGGAAGCCAAGGAAGCAUGGACGGAGGAAUCUGAGCAACAGAAACGUAAAGAAGUCAACGAAGCUAUGGCUUACGUGGAGUCCGAAUAUAAUAAGAAUUUAGAAGACUUUAAACAUAAGACAUUGAGAGAUGCUCUCGAGCAAGCCAGGAAGCAGUGGACUACUGAAGAACUUUCACAUCGAGAGAAGAUUCUUAAGGCUCGUAUAUUAACAGCCCAAGAGGACUGGCGCAAAGAAACAGCAAAGUCUACCCAAGAAGAGAUUGACCGAGCCUUGUCCACUGCCAGGGAGGCCUGGGCAGUUAAGGCAGAUGAAAAAUUGGAGAGUCGUGUCAGGGAAAUAGAGGCGAAUGUGCGACAACAACUGGGAGCUGAAUUCCAGGAAGAAAACAAAAAACUUGUAGAUGAAGCACUUCAGGAAGCAGAGGAAAGGUUUAACCACGAAAGGAAGAAAUUAGAAGAAAACUUUCACAAUAAGGCCGACGACUCUUCACGUGGACAUUGGGAAAUUGAGAAGGCCCGCUUGUUGAAAGAACAUCAAAACUAUCUUGAACACAUGCGCACUGAAUACGAAUCCAAGCUGGCUGAUCAACGUGCAAAGAUUGAGAGGGAUCUGGACAUGAGAAUGAGAGGCGAAGUAGAGAAGGCGAGAAAUUGUUUGAAUAAAGAACAGCAAGAUGUAAUAGCCCGACUUGAGAAACAGUAUGAACAAAAAGCGAGAAAAGCAGUAGAAAACGCAAGAAUUCAGUGGGAGAAACAACAGCAACAGGAGAUCAGCAAAAGUAACGAGGAUGCUGUGAAGCGACAGCAGGAGUUACGGGAAAACGAGAGACGGGAAAACCUGUCUACCAGGGAGAACAUGAAACACGAGCUAGCCUCGGUCAAGAAGGAAUACGCGAUGGUGAUAGAGAAACUAAAGAGAGAGAUAGCAGAGGAGAAAAAGAAAAGUCAGUACAACAUGAAACGACGAGACUCGAGGGAUAAUGCUGCUCAGACCUUGCCACAAGCGAACAGCGGUAGUGACACAAGUUUCAGCAGCGUGGAUCACGAGUCAGCCACCCGUGGACUCCACGAACUACGUCAAUACUACUUGGAUACCAUCGCUAAGAUACGUGAUGACGUGUUGAAUCACGUGCACCAGACCAAGGCUAGUGCGGCCAAGAAGAUCAGAGGUGAAGUUUUAAAAGAGCGUCACUCCACGGCCAAAAAGCUUCGUAAGUACUACCUCCAAUGUCUGAAGCAACUUCUUGAGGAAGAUCGCGUGGCUCUGGAGGGUAACAGGUCUCCCAUCAGUGCUGACGAUAAGUUGAACAGAAUGGCGGAGGCUUUAAAAACGCUGAGUCCUGAUAAGGAAUCUACCGGACAGCAUUUCCAGCAACCCGAAGUGUAUGAAAGCGCUCAAACGCCUCGUUCGGCAUUAUUCACUGUGUUACGAACUUCAAGCGAACCUGACGUCCGGGACUUAAAGUCACUAUGUACGCCAACUCCCGUCAGACCACGUGACGGGCUCCCUGAUGGAGCAAGCGACACAGCUCAGCCAGUCACAACUAAAGACAGAGCAUUUACCCCCAUAUUAGGAAAGUUACCAGCAAUGGACGACUUGCUAAGAAAAAAACAGUUUGCUCCGGAAAGGGAAUAUGAAAAUUUUCCCUCUAAGAGGACAAAUAUUAGAGCCAUGAAGGCCGAUAAUUUGGUUAUUCCAGCUCUUAAGCAUGCUACAGACAUAAAUUCAAAGCACGAUGUUUCAGUACCUUCAGAUGACAAAGAAAAGCAGGUGGCCAAUGCACUUCACGAGCGUGCCUUCAAGGAUAAACCGUCUCCGUCGUACAAGAGGAAUGCUGCUUCUCCCGCUUUUUCUACGAAAUCUUACGAGUCAGACCAGUACAGUGAACUCCCCACAGUAAUUCACGUUUCAAGACGAGAAUCUAGUGGCUCAAAAGAUAGCAACAGCAGUGUUCAAAGUCGUACCUCAGAGGCAAAGGAUGACAUAAUCUCACCCAUCAGGCCACCAUCUGCGAAAAGUAGAACAACUCAUGUGUUGUCUCGUGAGAAAAGAAUACAGGCCUCAGCAGGUUUACCUUCGAAGCCUCGGAUUGAUGUUCGAACGAAACGUGUGCAAAAAUCUUAACGAUAGAGUUUCAGUUUGGGGUCAUCCACUUAUGGAACGGAGUGUGAUCAUUUCCGGAAAGAGAUAUUGAUCGUAGAGGUUUCCUCAACGUUGAUUGAACCAGGCUUUUUCACUUAGCUUCAAUUUGUUCCUCUUAGUCAAGCUAUAAAUUCCUAAAUGUCACCAAGCGAAUGAGACUGAUUGUUAAUCAAGUAAUAAGUCUUAAGAGUCUAAGUGGAAUUUCCUUCCUUUGUAGAGAAGGGUUUGCACUUCCACCCUCAGAGUGGAAAUUAAACGCCUACGCACGAGCGUGCCCAUGUAUACAAAUUGUCGAUUCGCUUUAAUAAGGACGUUUGAUUUCUCUUUGUAAAAAAAAAAAAAUAAGGGCGAAGUACACUAAAGAAAAUACAAAUAAGUAGAAAAGAAUAGUUUUUAGUCCAACUUGUAAUGGCCUAUUUUUGCAAUACUUAUCAAAAGGCAUCCCUCAGUUGGUAAGACUGUUUCUACUCCAGUUGUGUACUAGUAUUCUUUUCUCUGAGAAUCUUUAAUUUAUUGAUCAAAGUUUAUUGCAAUUUGUAA